AAUUGGAUGGCUUCAAAAUGGCUGCCAAGCUCCGUCUAAAUUAUUGAAUGUUCAUCAUUGUUGUAGCUAAGAUAAGAAGCAAGCGUUUACAAAACUUUAUGUGUAAAAAAUAUGGGAGCACAAGAAUCAUCUAGACGAGUGACAGUGGAAAACGAGGAAGAUGAUGAUUCUAUUGGUAUCGUCAAGAUAUCGGAAUCACUAUUACACAGUGAUGAUGAUGUAACAGUCAGCUCGUCAGAGAACAUCUCUCAAGAAGAUGUGAAAAAACUGUGGCAUGAACUUUUGGAAAGAAAGAAAGAGUUAGAUAAAAAACAGGAGAGGAUCGAUGACCUUAUAAUGGAUGCUUUUGAACAGGGUCAAAAUAUGGCUGGCGGACCUGUUUCGUAUGGCAUUGAAAGUUUGGAAAAAACCUUAGACGAAAAGGAACGUGAAUUGGAUCAACUUCGAGAAAAAACGCGAAUGUAUCAAGAAGAACAACUAAAAAAGAAUGAUGAGUCAGAAAGAAAAGUUUUGAACGAAUUCGAUGAUUCAGUGCAGGAAAUGAGAGAAAGAUACAGCAAGAAAAAAGCAACGCCAGUUUGCUCUUCGCUGAAACAGUCCGUCUUGGAAUGCUAUCAGGCAAACAAAAACAGGUCAUUAAAAUGCUCUCAGCUCGUUCAAGAUUACGUCAAAUGUGUGGAAGAGGCGCGACAGUCGAUGGCAAAAAGAGUUUCGUAAUUGCAAAGAACACUAUCUUUCUGUUGAUAUCUCUAGAGUUAUCAUGUAACAUGGAAUUGUGAUCUAGAUGGAGUGUAUCUGUAUGCUUUCUUUGAAAACCAAGAAAGUGAGUCGUUUCUAUCAAUAAAACGAUUUAACGUUUCA